CAGUGCGAAGAUGUGAUUAUUAGUUUUGCCUGCCGCGUAUACGCCUCCAAAAAGGUUCAAAUCGGUCCGGCCCCAGUGGAAAAACCGUGCGUUCGACGCGUGUGUGGAAGAUCCUUUGAUUCCAUAGUGCCACCCACUCACUCCCAGGAAAACAACAACCUGCUGUCUCGGCGCCGUUCGGGUUUUUAUUCGCGCUAAACCACGCUUUCGUGCGUGCAUGCGUACGAACAUCGCCGACGAGUGAAAGUGUCGAAAUAUCAAGAAUUAAGGCGAACGUCUCAUCACACUCGCGGUCGUGUUCCGUACAGCUAGCGCCGUGAAACCGCGCCUCAGUGUCUGGCCCAGUGUCUCUAGUCGUUCCACAGCCUGGAAAACAAUAACGGACCACAUUCAUCCCCAACAAUAGCCUUAAAGUAUUCAUACAUCGAACGGCCAUCGAACGAACCAAAAUGUCCGAAUUCACGCAAACCGCAACGGUCACGCAGCAGCAAACCGUCGUUCAGCCCUACAUCCGCUACGAUCCGGAGUAUAUUCGCACGAUACCGGGCAUCGUGAAGAUCGUGUGCAUCGUGCUGAAUCUCAUCGGUUUCAUCUGCAUCGAGUUCUCGUACUUCAGCUUCCGUCCACAAGGCUCCUUCUUCAACACGGUGGCCAUGCUCGGCUUUUGGUUUAGCGGAAUCAUGUUCGUGUUUUAUCUGUUUCAUGUUUGUGAAAAGUUUCACAAAAUCCCGUGGCUAAAAAUAGAGCUGUACUUUUGUGCGGCCUGGGCGGCGCUGUACAUGCUGGCCUCCUCAAUCGCUGCCGCCACCAGCAUUGAGGCGUUUCAGGCCGCUGCGUUCUUCGGCUAUUGUGCCAUGAUUGGGUAUGGGUUUGAUGCUUUCCUCAAGUUUAAAAGUGUCCGCGCCGGUGAGAUUGCCCAAGGAUCUCGAACCGUCCAGGUGCAGCAGCAACAGCAAACAGUUUCAACGCUUACUGCGUGAAAAGUUGGAGCCCAUAUUCCCGUGGACGCAUAAACUAAUGAUGUGACCAGUUUUCUUUCACAGUAUCUGCGCCAUAGCCGAACAAGAUAUUUGUUAAAUUUAACGUUUGUGCGGUAAUAUGUUUCGUUUGAUUUUUGCUAUGUUCUAAGCACGUUCGCCCGACAACAACGAACCGAAAACCACCACACUUGUGAGAAAGCACAGAAGCCUUAAACGUAAUCAUAGAGAAUCUUAUACUAUUCGACACAUGUCCACUGACCUGAUAAUCUGUUAGCGAAUCUACAAUCCCACACUUUGUGGAACAUUGAAAAGUUUACGAAACUCACUACAAUGCGAGAAAGAAUAGAAUGAUAGUCACGUAGGAAACAUUAGUUUUAGAUGUGCACUUGUGCAUGCCGGAUUUCUCUGUAACGCAAUACUGCGUUGCGCCUUUUUUCAGAAAUAAAUCAUAUACACGCAACCCAUGGAACUAUCACAGCAAGAAAAGGGGAUUAGAGAUGAAUGUAAAGCUAUUGCAGCUCAAAAUCUCUAUAAUACAACAAACAACAACAACAAGAAAAGGGGAUUCUUUUAGAAUAACUUUAUUUAUUCAAUAAAUAACGAAUGGUACAA